CAGAAAUUAACGUCAAACGUAUGGAUUAUUUACGGUGGAACGUAUUUGCCGCAGUGUAAUUUUUUCUGUCUUUAUUUUUGAUGUGUUUUUAAAUUGUUUUUGAGUUUUGUAACCAUGAUGGAAGGAUCUUUGAGUAAAUGGACAAAUGUGAUGAAAGGCUGGCAGUACCGCUGGUUCGUGCUGGAUGAAAACGCUGGCCUCCUUUCCUAUUAUACUUCCAAAGAGAAGAUGACGCGCGGCGUCCGUCGCGGCUGCGUGCGACUGCGCGCCGCUGUCAUCGGCAUCGAUGACGAGGACGACUCCACCUUCACCAUCACCGUUGACCACAAGACUUUUCACUUCCAGGCGCGAGACGGGUCAGAGCGCGAGCGCUGGGUGCGCGCGCUCGAAGACACGAUCCUGCGGCACGGGCGGCGCGAGCGGUGGUCGCGGUGCGUGCCCGCGCCGGCGCACCGACACGGCGAUCUGGAGCGGCGCAUCUCAGAGGCGGACGCUUACCUGCAGAUCAUGAUAGAACUUGUUGCCAAAAUGACCACACGAGUGUCGGAGCUUGCUGAACCACAAGACAAGAAUAAAGGGCAAGUCAUAUUAGAUCACUCUAACGCAAUGUUGGAUAAUAUAAAACAUUCCAUAGUGCUUCUACAAAUAGCUAAGAACACCGUGAACCCAGUGAACGGUGUGUACCAGGGGCCAACGAAUCCUUCGCAAUCACAUAUCAAAGAAGAAUUAUCAUCACGCGUGGAACUCGGGUCGGAGUGUCGAGAACUGUCCACCCCCUCGCUACCUAUAACGCCGCUGGAACAUCUCGACGCACCUAGGCAAGCGAUGACGUUGCUGGUUCCAGACACGUCGUACUCGUCGUCGGAGGGGGAGGACGAUUUCUACGACGCUGACGACGAGCUAGUAGACGUUGGCACACAGGGACCGAGUGCAAGUCGCACGUGCGGCGCGGAGGGCGCGUCGGAGCAGGAGCCGGCGUCGCCCGCCGCCGUCGACCUGCCGCGCACCAGAGACGGAGAGAUCGACUAUGACGCUCUUUACGAAGACGACUCUGACAGCGACCUGGGCUCGAUGGAGAACCACGGCUCGGUCGUCACACACCUACUCUCACAAGUUAAAAUCGGAAUGGAUCUCACAAAGGUGGUGUUGCCCACGUUUAUCCUGGAGAGGCGGUCACUGCUCGAGAUGUACGCGGACUCCUUCGCUCACCCCGACCAAUUUAUUAAGAUAGUAGACCAGCCGACCCCCCGCGAGCGCAUGGUGCAGGUGAUCCGCUGGUACCUGAGCUCGUACCACGCGGGCCGCAAGUCGCAGGUCGCCAAGAAACCGUACAACCCCAUACUGGGCGAGGUGUUCCGAUGCCACUGGGACCAAGAGGGGGAGUCGGUAGAAAACAACACAUGCAAGCAAGAGGUGGGCGACGGGCCGGUGCCGUGGUGCUCGCCCGACCAGCUGUCGUUCGUGGCGGAGCAAGUGUCGCACCACCCGCCCAUCUCCGCCUUCUACGCGGAGCACGUGAACAAGCGCAUACAGUUCGACGCGUGGGUGUGGACCAAGAGCAAGUUCCUGGGCCUGUCCAUCGGCGUGCACAACAUCGGGCGCGGGCUCGUGACGCUGCUGGACCUGGGCGAGGAGUACUCGCUCACCUUUCCCAACGGAUACGGCAGGUCAAUACUAACAGUUCCGUGGAUAGAACUGGGAGGAGCGGUUGUGAUAGAGUGCGUACAGACAGGGCACAAGGCCAACGUGGAGUUCCUCACGAAGCCCUUCUACGGCGGCAAGAAGCACCGCGUGACGUGCGAGAUAUACGCCGGCACCGACAAGAAGCCGUACUACACCGCGCAGGGGGAGUGGAACACUAGGAUGGAAGGGAGGUGGACUGAAUCUGGGCGCAGCGAAGUUCUAUUCGACGUGUCGUCCAUGCGGCCGCGGCGCAAGCGCGUGGCGCCGAUUUCGCGGCAGGGCGGCAACGAGUCGCGGCGCGUGUGGCGGCACGUGACCGCCGGCCUGCGCGCCGCCGACACGGACGCCGCCACCAGCGCCAAGCGCCGCCUCGAGCAGACGCAGCGCGACGCUGCCAAGAAGCGUGUGGACACCGGCGACCGGUGGAUCACGCAGCUCUUCAGUCCGAAGGGCGAGGAGGGCUGGGAGUACAACAUGCCGCUCAGCAAACGCUCGGAUGCGGCGCACGCUGCGUGCAAGUCGGCAGACGAGACCAGAUAAUGGCCGCGCUAGUUCGUAUGGACUCUAUGUGCCGGGACAUGGCGUUAUGAUUGAUAACUUGCGACAGAUUUAUUAUCAUAUUAUGUAAUGACAAAUCGACUAUUGCAAAUAAAUUUUGUGUAGACCAUCUAUUCAGUUUCUCAAUAAUAGUAUUAUACGCCGUUAUUGAAAUUGGGAAAAUCUUAGCAUUCCAUCGAUUCACCGUAGGGAUGCCGGGUCUAUAUUUUUUAUUCUCUUUGAAUUGGUGUACAAAUGUACUUUAAUUUAAUUUGUUACGGAGAGAAAAAACGGAGUAUAGUCUUGACGGAGGAAUUUGAAGGGAAAGCUUAACUAUUUGUUUCUAUCAUUAACGGGUUGUAUUUGAAGAAUUCUUUUGUAUUCGAUAUAUUUUGGAUACGAUGGAAGAGUGGGCGAUGACAUUUAUACGAAAUAGUCUGUCUACUUUUAGAAGUCCGUUAAGCUUCAGGCCUCGUGGUAAGAAGUACAGACAAGCGUUUGUCAGUAAUUGACAGAAAGCGUGUAUUCAAACACUGGUAUAGGCAAUCUAUACCGGGGAGGUCUGUUUGGAUGUAUAGGCGAGUCAUGAAAACAUAAAACAAGCAUAUUCCCAAGUACUCAAAAACAGCUCCGAUAUUGAUGAUUUUUUUUAAUAUCAUGUUCUUAAAACAAAUUUAACAAAAAAGAUCAUCAAAAUCGGAGCUGUUCUUGAGGAUUUCGUGGGGAAAUGCUUUAUCAUUUUUAUGUGUUAUUACUGCAAUCGAACUUAAAUUUAUAGUGUACGAUUAAUUUUGCUCUAUUGUUUGAAUAUUCUAAUAAUAAUUUUUAGUGACAUCGAAAAUAUUCCAUAGCAUAACGGAGAAAUCUAACAUCGAUUGACAGCCAUUUUCCUGUAUGACAUGCCUUUGUCCAGUCUACCUUUUAUAUAUAGGCAUCUUCUAGGCAAACGCUCUGACUUACCUUAUAUGACUUACCGUUGCUUUCGACCAGGAAUGAUUGUAGUCAAGCGAAUGUCUACUAAGCAUUAAAAAUAUUAUAUCUGUUUCCUCAGCUUUAACAGGUGCAUAUCUAAUUGAAAUGAAACAAAAUUAAAUUUUAUUUUGCUCCACAUUUUGCUAGGUAUACGUGACAAAAUACGAAUGUGUAAGGAUAUUCUGGGGACUGGAGAUUGCACUGAGUAAAAAACCUGCGUUGAAAUUGAAUUGUUACAAAGUUUUCUCAGCUUUGGGUGUUGCUGGAAAAUAGUGCAAACCCAUUAACAAACAAGAAAACGAAAAAACAAACCAAUCACAAGUCUUCAAAAAAUCACGUAAAGCUCAGUCUACGAACUUUACUUGGUGCUCGUUGGGCACUUACAAAUGGCAUAAAACGUUAUAGCAAACUGUUUUUGUUAAAGCAUUUCAUUAUUAAAGUAAGUAUCAAGUUAUUUUAGAUACUUAUGAGUAAAUUUUCGGGUGAUGAGGGUAGGCCAGGGUCGGGCAUUCCCUUUUCUUGAUUUUUAUUUGGUGGUCUACUAAAGACUAUUGACAUUUUUUACGGAUACUUUUGCGUAAUGGCGAUAACUAAAGGCGUAAACUUUAAAUUUAAAGUAUGAGGAUACUGUACUCAAAUCGGAAAAGGUUUCUAGAAUCGUAUGUAAUAGUAUUUCUUGUAGCGUAGCCACAUUUUUAUUAUAAUUUGUAACAUAUUCCACGCUCUAUUGACAAUUCAUUUUACAUAUUAUUAAGAGAUCGACGAAAGAUGAAAAAUGUAUAUUUAUUUUUUGACAUUGUUUUAUUUAAACUAAUUUGGUAUUCUAAUGGUUUUAUUUUAAUUUAAUUUAUAUUAUUGUGGAUAAAUGCAAUUUUUUGCACGCCUAUUUGUGUAACAUCAUUGAAAUGUAAUGCCAUAUUUGCAUCACAUUUUGGCACUGAGCAUAUUGUAUACAGCAUCGGUUAAUGCUAAUAAGAUCAGCGUCUGAAUGAUCCCCUGGGGGUGCCCCUACAACGUCUAUGAAUUCUACUGUAAGAUGCGUCGUGAAAAAAAAGACAAGAAUACGAAUUUAGCCUCUAUUUGUUUGAGAAUUUUCUUUUUUUUAUUCUGCCGCUGAGUGAUGAAUUUAACCUCAAGUUGUUUAAGAAUUUGCCACUCAGCGGGUGGCAAAUUGGCGGGACCAUAUACGGUCGUCAGUACUAACACCCCGAUUGAUUCAGGAAUACCUUCGUGAAGGGUCUCCGUGCCAACAGUUUGUGGAGAAAAGCAAACUAUUAGCAUUGAGACUCUCGCGAACUACGACAGAAAACAUAACAUAUUACAUGGAAUUCACCAUCGGCAUCGACGAUCGAAGUAAUUUUGUUGUUUAAUUUUGAAAGAAUAGUGGACAUGUUUUCUGAACGCACACUUUUUGUUCAAUAGAAAACAGUGUCUACCAAACAUCCUAAUGAGCUGCUAUUCGAACAGAGAAUUCGCCUGUAUCUAGAAGUACGAAGAUUAAACUUAAAAUCUCUAUCAUAUUGUACAAAUUACAAUAGUAAUGUGGCUAUGCUGUACUCUAAUCCGUGAUUGCUAUACAUCGUGCUGUAGCUGGGUGUAGGUGACAGUCGCCUGUAUGACGUGCAUAAUACGUACUAUUAUCGUGAAUCGCGGCAAACUUUCAAAAGUAAAAUGAACUGUCACCUUGCUACAACGCACGAACUAUAAAGUACCUAAUUAUUGUAUCGAUAUAGACCGCGAGCUCACAAUAGCACAUUUUAGUAAGGCUGUAAGUUUGUCAAAUUAUGAUCUCCUACUUUAAUCGGAAAUACGAUAAUAUGAUAGCAAAUUAUAGAGUUAUCUGAUUCCUUUCAAAGUGGCCACAGUCCUAACUCCAUAAUAGUGUAAUGUACCUGUGUUACGAGUACGAGCAAGUUUCUUAAAAUGAGGUGUGUCUAAACUUAACCUCUUAUUUUGAAGUCGAUUAAUAUUAAUGGUCUAAGAUCCAGCAUUAGAAACAUAUACCCUCAUCUGUUAUUAAUUAGUGAUGAGAAAUGAAUGAUAGAUAAUAUUCAAUGUUACAUUGCAAAUAAAUUGCCUACUUAAAUUGCGACCCGAUUUUUCAUACAAAAUCUUGGAAACCAUAAACUAGAUCAAAGGCGACAUGAUGCAGUUAAAUUAAGCCUAAAAUAGCUUUCAUUUGACAUAUUAGACGACUAAAUAACUGAUGAGGGUAUAUAAAUAUCAUUAUUCAGCUGUUUAUAUCUGGCAACCCCACAGUUGCAGUGUUACACCUUUACAUUUUCAAUUCUUUUUGGUAAACUCUUUUAAGUAGUGUACGAUAUUUUUUAAUUAACCAAUGGGGGGAGUAGAUUAAAUAAAUUUAAUAAAAUAAUUAACCAUGUUACUAUCUGGCCGCAUUUUUAAUAGGCAACCUAUUUGUGUAAAUGUGAAUAUUGUCUAUAAUUUACAUCUUAUCGUAAAUAUCUUUAACAAAAAUAAAUAACAGAUGAGAGGAUAUAUUUCUUAUGUCGGAUCUCAUACUAUGAUAAUAUGGGGUAAACCUGUAUCCAGCGGUUGCAAGUCUUAAUAUAACUAUCGUGUAACGAUUUAUACAUAAAUUCGUUUAUAAAUAAAUAGAUAAUUUAACCAGUAUAUCUUAAUUCAAUAAUUAUGGCCUAUCAGAUAUAUUUAGAGCAAUAAAUGUAAAUAUAGAUUCCUAAAUCUCUCUUGCUUUAAAUUUUAAGAACUGGUGAAGUUAUUUAUUAAUAAGAUUUUAACGCGUAUUUACAUACAGUAAAUAAAUGUUUUUACUUUAUUUUGACUAAUAAUGAAUAGCUUUACGGUUAAGGGAUCGGUUAAAAAUCCGAAGAUAUUAGAUUUGAUUCAAACCUGUUGGACUAUUUUCGCUUACUUGGAAAAGAAACAAGAACAUGUCAAGCUCAUUAUCAAUCUUAAAUUUUUGAUUUUAUAGAAAAUGCGUAAAAUUAUUUGUUAUUUUAUGUAAAUACGCGUUUAGACAUAUCUAUAAAGUGGUCAUGCCAGUGCGUGUGUGGUUUCGUUCACAUAAAAACGAAAAUAUAUCUCUGUCAUGCUUAUGAACUUGGACACGUGAGAAAAAGAGACCUAAACUAUAUGCAGUACAGUGCUAUGACAGGUCUUGCAUUUAUAUUUUAUUGAUAGACAAAACAUAAGCUCACGUUUACUAACUUUCAACCAACUGACCAAUCAGAUCCAAUCAAUUUAAACGAGCCUCGUGAUUGGUCAGGACGCAGAAUGCAACCGCCCACGCUCUGCUACUGCCAUUAUAUAUAAAUCCCUAUAUCCAUCGACGGGAUGGUAAGUUAAGUAAAACUACAAAACGAUACGAAAAGCUGUUAUAAUAAUUGUAAUAUAAUAAAUAUCUCUAUAAAAAUCAAAGUAAAAUAUUUUUUACAUUAAAAAAAUAAAAAUUAUGAAUUAAACAAGGCAAAAAGAUUUGCGCAAUUACCAAAAAUUUCUACACUGCCUUAUAAAAUAAAAUUGCACCAUUACGAGUAUUAAUAAACUACUGGUAUAUGAUAAUUGCAAUCAAUUCUAUGGACUACUUUUUUGUAUAUUAAAAAUGUACAUAAUUUACUUUCUUGAUUUUUUUUUCUUAAAUGAUACCAUAUAUUUUUUUAAUGAGUAUAAGAUAUUUUAGAAUUUAAACUAUUGUGAGUGUUAUUCAUAUUAAUUGAUUAUGAUACACGGCUAAAACUCACGUGAUAUUAGGUCGGAGUAUGCCCGACUUCGCAGUUUGGAUCGUGCCGCGAUGCAAGAACCAGCUCAUGACUAAGGGCCCCGAAUUGGUUCGAAACUAGUCGGGCAUACUCCGACCUAAUAUCACGUGAGUUUUAGCCGUGUAUUCAAUUAAUAUGAGUAUAAGAUAGUUUUCUUUCCUCUUUUUCCUUUGACUGUUCAUAUCUCAAGAUUGACCAAUAGUAUUGAUUGCAACUGUCAAUAAUUAAAGAUCUUUUGAAUACCCGUCCUAGCUGUAGACUAAACCGACAAAAUUAAAAGAUACCUCUAUCCUUUUCUACGAAAACACAAGAAAAAGGAUAGCUCUAAUUUUAUAUAAGUUAUUUUAGUUUAAUAAUGUACAUACUCGUACUUGGCGAAUAAGCACCAAUUCAUAUCAUAAGUACAUUUACAAUUUGUUACAUAGAGUAUAGGAAAUCUAGAAAAAAUCGUAUAAGAUUUGUAAAAGUAUUACAUGACUCGAGAUUUUGUAACCAUCGGUAGGGAGCAACCCAACAAGCUUAACUUAGUGCAUCGACCCCCUCUUGGAGUGGCUCAGGAACUCAAAAGGCUUUUCUCCUCAACUAUAAGUUUUACAUUAAAGUUUAUUUGACAAUAAAUGUAGAUGACAUUCUCAUCUACAAUUAAUGUCAUUAAGGUACUAUCGAACGACUUUAAAUACGUAAGGUAGGUGACGCUGAAGUUACUUGAAAUGUGUUCUCAAGUUAAGCUUGUUGGGUUGCUCCCUACCGAUGGUUAAAAAUUCUCGAGUCAUGUAAUUCUUGUAAUCAUAUUUCCUAGAUUUCUUGUACUAUUAAUGUAUAUCGCUUAUAGCUCUACAGCUAAGCCGGGUCUACCAAUACCCCAGCAUACCUAAGAAGCAAGUCAAGAGAUAGGUCACACAAAAAUCUCUGGUCAUCUCUUGGAGUGCUUCUUAAACUGCGGGCCACGAUUUGUCGUAUAAGCGGAUUCAUGGAAGCGGUUUGACGAAGUCGUGGCCCACCGUUUUGGUGAACCAUCAAGAUGUUUUACGCUUACAAGCCAACUUCGUGGCCUCGGGGGCUGAAAAAUAAUAAUCCACCUGUUUACUGUUCUAAAGAAAAUUUACAUAGAAUAAUUCACGUUAUUUGGUUCGCGAGAGACAUUUCCAUAGAAAAGACUGACAUAAUGCGAACGAAUUGAUUGAGAAAAAAAAAAGACGUGGUGAAAACAACACUUGAAAAUUAUAAUUAUAUUCAAUCACAUAGACUUAUUUAAUUAAUUGAAUUACAUAGAUAUAGCUACCAUGUUGUAUAUUUAAAUAAAAAUUUAAAUUAUU